AUGCAGGAUGAAGAACCUGUGGAUCUGAGAACAGACUCAGAAUCCAGCUCUCCAGAUGCAGGUGUUCAUGGUCAACCCUGCAACACAGUGACGUACACUAACAGAAGCAUCUGUGCCUUCAAAGGCUCAUCAGUGGACAUUUCUUGUACUUAUAACAGUCAUAAGGACAAAGUUGAAGCAAAAUUCUGGUUCAGACCUCAACAUGGUCAUCAGUGGCAGAAUCCCUCAGAGCCAGGGGACCUGGGUCAGGACUCUCAGUACUCCAGUCGUGUUCAGGUCCUUGAAACAGAAACAAGAUUCUCCACUCUGAGAAUCACCAACCUGAGAGAGAGUGAUUCAUCUGAGAAUCGCUUCAAGUUCAAAACACCAAGCUUUGAAUGGGGAAGUAGUUUAUCUGGUACAACUCUGACUGUCACAGCUUUGCAGAUAGUAGUGACCAGAAUAGUAACAGUCCAUGAGUCUUAUACUGAGGCAGAGCUGAACUGUCACAGCAGCUGCAGUCCCACUGGUCACUUUUCCUACGUCUGGUUCAAGAAUGGGCAGAAACUUCUGGAAGAAACUUCUACUUACACACAUGACUUUUAUCCUGGAGACAGCAUCACCUGUGCAUUCAAAGGUUAUGAGGGUCACCGCUCUCCUUCAGUGUAUGCUCUGGAAGUUCCCUCUGUGUCAGUGAGUCCCUCUGGUCAGAUAGUGGAGGGCAGCUCAGUGACUCUGACCUGUAGCAGUGAUGCUAACCCAGCAGCUAACUACACCUGGUACAAGGAGAACCCAACACUACAUGAAGGACCAGAGGGAAAUUAUCAUUUCACCUCCGUCAGCUCAGAGGACAGAGGGAUAUAUCACUGCAAGACUGAAAAUCAGUUUGGACAGAUCAACUCUUCAACUAUAUCCCUAUACAUCCAGUAUCCUCCAAAGCUUCCCUCUGUGUCAGUGAGUCCCUCUGGUCAGAUAGUGGAGGGCAGCUCAGUGACUCUGACCUGUAGCAGUGAUGCUAACCCAGCAGCUAACUACACCUGGUACAAGGAGAAUGAAGACUCACCAAAAGCUUCAGGACAGAUCUUCACCAUCACUGACUUCAGAGCUGAACACAGUGGGAAUUAUUACUGUGAAGCCCAGAAUGAAAGAGGACGUUAUAAGUCCACCUUGUAUCUGACUGUUGUAGCAGGCACAUCAGUACCGUGUUUUGUGGUAUUAGUCAUCCUCCUCUGUAUCUUCCUAUGGAGAAGCAGAGGCUGUGCACUUUGUUCUCCAUCUGUUGCAGUGUAAUCACUUUAAGAAGAGAUGUCCUCAUGGCCAGUAUGGACAGGAGAACUGAUUACAGUGACCAAGUCGUCUUCCACUGUGCAUAUUGCUUUUUUAAAGUCCAGUCAUUGCGGUAAUUUGAUUCACCCAUUCUCCCA